AUGGUCAAUCACUCUCAACAACGUUUAGAAAUAAUUAAACAUCACUUUCAAUAUCCUAACGAAUAUACAGCAGAACAAGUUGCACAACAUACGACAGAAGAUGAUUGUUGGCUUAUCAUUAAUGACCAAGUCAUAGACGCCACACAGUUUUUAUCUGAACAUCCAGGUGGUAAAAGAGCCAUUCUGCUUUAUGCUGGAAAGAAUGCAUCCAAAGAAUUUAGCCGAGUACAUAUGCCACAUGUCAUUCAUCAAUACGCACCUACUUCUAUCAUUGGUGUAUUGAAAAAGAAAUAAACAUUGCCUAUCUAUUCACAUAUCCUUUCGGG